AUGACAGAUGCGAUUGUUAGAUAAUAAACUAUCGAAUUCAAAUAAGAAAUUGAGAAAAGAUUUUUUAAAAGUCGCUAAAAUCAUUAAUAUAUAUUUUAAAGAGAAGGUUAUGAUGGAUCUGAUGAUGAUUCACUUGAAUCUCUUAAAAAUAUUGAAGUCUACAAUUUGUGCAAAUCAAUCAGAAAUAAAUCUAUUGAAAAUGAAAGAACAAUACCUAAAUCAAGCAAAAAAUUACUUAUACGUCUAUUAAAGCCAAAAAAAUAACCAUCAUUUAAUGAAAAUAGAUCCAAUAAUACAUCGCUUUAUAAGUCAAGAUCAUAAAGCAAAAAUGCAACUAUUCGACUACGAACUGAGUAUUAUGUUUAUUCUGAAUCAGAGGUUCUGUUUUGAGAGAAUCCAAAAAUGUUACCCUUCUUUCACCCAAAAUACCCAAAAGUCCAAAAUAUAUUCAAAUCAACCACCUUAUUAAAUCUACUAAGAAUUAAAACAUUUAUAAAAUCAAUAACUAUUCCUUGUAUAUAUGA